AUGGGCAACAUUGUUGCUUCCACAUUAAACAUCAACCUCAAUGCCACUGACCUCAACGCAACCCAGCACGAAAGCUUGGAAGCCUCAUACAUCAGAAAAAUAUCACACCUCGACGAGGACCUCUACCAGGACUUCUACAGCCUCUGGAUCACCCUCAUGGUGGUCAACACGCUCAUGUUCGUGGUGGGUGCCGUCCUCAACAGCCUGGCACUGUACGUCUUCUGUGUGCGGACGCGAGCGACGACUGCCCCGGUGAUCUACACCAUCAACUUGGCGGUGGCUGACCUCUUGGUGGCGUUGUCGCUGCCAGCACGCAUCGCCCUGUACUACAGCGGUGGCCAAUGUCAAGCGUGCGUCCACGUGCACACAUUCAGCUACUUCGUCAACAUGUACUGCAGCAUCCUCUUCUUGACCAGCAUCUGCGUGGACCGCUACCUGGCCGUGGUGUGGGCGGCCGGUGGGGCAUCCAGCCUGCGGUGGCGGAGCCCCGGAGUGGCGCGGUGGGUCAGUGCCGGCGUGUGGAUCUUCGCCGUGGUCACCACCUACUCGCUGCAGACCACGGCGGCCAUGGAUUUCAGCGGCUCGGGCUCGUCAUGCUGCCGCCUGCCGCUGCUGUUCGCGCUGACCGUGCUGGAGUUCGUGCUGCCGCUGCUGGCCAUCGUGGGCUUCACGGCGCGCGUGGCCUGCGCUCUCGCUGACCGGCGCCUCAUGCCACAGAGCCGCGGGCGCCGCCGGCGCGCCGUCCGGCUCCUGGUGGCCGUGCUGCUGGUGUUCGCCGUCUGCUUCACGCCGUUCCACGUGCGCCAGGUGGUGGUCUACUUUGACCUGGGCGACAGCCGGGUUCAGCACGUGGUGGCCUACCACGCCACCGUCACCCUCAGCAGCCUCAACAGCUGCCUGGACCCUGUGGUGUACUGCUUUGUGCCGGACGGCGUGCGCUCGGCCCUGUCCCGGCCGUACCGCUUGGCCUUGGGGGGAAGAGGUGGGGUGGACGGAGAUGCAGACAGUGUCCAGCGGAACUCCAGGGCAACGGGGAGGAGCGCCGCAGCUCUGGUCCACAGUGUGGCCACACUGACACUCAACCCCAGUUCUCUGUCAUCCGCAGAACUGCCAGUGUGA